GUCAAUACUCGACAACCGUCGUCACUUACAGUAAUCAGAAAAUUGACCACUUUCUCAAAUAGGUGAAUAAUCAAACAUAUUGUAUUAAAAAUGGCGAAUAUAGAAGAAUUGAAGAAGAAAAUUGUUGAAUUGGAGGCAAAAUUGAAGGUAGCUCAAGGAAAUGUAGGACCAGUCCGAGAGAAAAUCGAUGUAAUGUCAUCGGAAGUGGUCGACUCUAAUCCCUACAGUCGUCUUAUGGCCCUUAAGCGAAUGGGUAUAGUUGAUAACUAUGAAAAGAUCAGGGAGCUAUCAGUAGCUGUGGUCGGUGUUGGAGGUGUUGGCAGUGUCACUGCAGAGAUGCUUACCAGAUGCGGUAUUGGCAAGUUAAUACUAUUUGACUACGACAAAGUGGAACUGGCAAAUAUGAACCGCCUGUUCUUCCAGCCCCACCAAGCUGGGCUCAGCAAAGUAGAUGCUGCUGCUGGAACUCUUCAAUCCAUCAAUCCAGACGUAGCUAUUGAUGCAUAUAACUAUAAUAUAACAACAGUUGACAACUUUCAAAAGUUCUGUGACACUAUCAGUUCAGGCAGCUUAACCGGUGGCCCUGUAGAUCUGGUUCUGAGCUGUGUUGACAACUUUGAGGCUCGUAUGGCUAUCAACACGGCAUGCAAUGAAUUAAAUCAGCGCUGGUUUGAGUCUGGUGUUAGUGAAAAUGCUGUCUCAGGUCACAUACAGUUCAUCAUACCUGGAGAAACUGCAUGCUUUGCAUGUGCUCCACCUCUCGUGGUGGCUUCCAAGAUUGAUGAGAAGACACUGAAGAGGGAAGGUGUCUGUGCAGCGAGCUUGCCAACCACAAUGGGUAUUGUUGCAGGCUUUCUAGUUCAAAAUACAUUGAAGUAUUUGCUAAAUUUUGGAAAUGUCAGUCAUUAUUUGGGAUAUUCCGCACUGACUGAUUUCUUCCCUACGAUGGCUUUGAAGCCGAACCCGCAGUGCGACGACUCCUUCUGCCGCCAGCGUCAGGCUGAGUUUAAAGCCAAGCCCGUGGUGGAGCUGGCCACCGAAGUGAAAGAGGAUUCAACUCCGAUCCACGCCGACAACGAGUGGGGUAUAAGCCUAGUUGAUGAGAACACUCCCGAGGAAGAAGCAUCUAAUUUAAAGCUCGUCGACGGUGUUCAGGUAGCCUACAGCAUACCCGUGGACAACAGCACGCCGGAGACCAGCUCCGGGGGAGCCGUGGCCGCCUCCGAGCUGUCCCUGGAAGAGCUGAUGCAGCAGAUGAAGUCCAUGUGAACGCUCGGUGUGCUUGUAUAGAGAGAUAGCCAUAUCGCCGUAGGAGUUAUAUAGUGUUUUGCUUUGUGGCAGACCGUGGACAUCUGCGUAGCCAGGCUAUUUUGCUACUCUUGUUGAUUUGAGGGACAUAUCAUGUGCAAUACUUAUAAAACAUAUGUUUUUUUUUUUUUCUAAAUUCUUAUUAAUUAUGAUAUUGUGGUGUGCAUGAGUGUGACGUAAUUCUUCUAUUUUUAUAUAAUUUCCAAGCAAUUUUUACAUUGAAACCUUUUUCAAGGGGGAGAAUGAUGGGACCCUCGCACCCCUGGCUACGCUGAUGUGAUUCAAAUAUAUAUUGAAUUCAGAAAUGUUCACAGCGAUGUUGUAACUUUAUUAAUGUUCAAAUUUAUCAGUUGACCCUAAGUGUGGGGUAACCUGAAAUAAAUAUAUAAUAAUUGAAAUAUACAGCCAAAAUGAAAUUAAUAUGUUAAUCCGAUUUAGCUGAACUCGCGCGCUUUAUCGGUGCAUGUCUGAAAGUCUAGUUUAAAAGAUUUAUAUAAAUAUGUAAAGUUUAUGAAAUUCAUCAUUCAGUACAUAUCGCCCAUUUACAUUUUAUAUUUACUUAACAGUGUCAUAUUGUUGAAUAACUGAUGUAUUAAAGAAGUCUAUUGCUAAGGUUCAGGAUGUGAUUAUAAUUUCUGCUAUCUUCUAAGUUUCAUAUUCCAAUACAAACUACGUAAGCGAGGGUUUGAUGACGUCACGAGCGGUAUAACUUAAGUUACGUUUACAUUAAAAAGCCGGUUUAUCGAUAUAGGUUCUAAAUCGAGGCGGACUAAGCUUGUUCUUUCAUAAGUCUCGAAUGUAUUUAUUAUUCAUACAAGCAACACCACGGGCAAACUUCUGUCAAGUGCUAUAUAUACUAAAACAUUCUCCGUUAUAUAUUUUGGUUUAGUAAUCUUUUCUUUCGUUUAAAAUUAAAGAAAACAUCGUACUUCUUUUUUUUUUUUAAUAUAUUGUGUAUUUAAAACGAUUUUUGAUCUUUUGUAUUUUGGUAUAGGCGGUGGUGCUAAUGUAUAUUUAUUUAUUUAUCAAAAUAGUUAACAAAAUUUGAAAAAAAAUGCGAUAAGCAUUAUAUUUAAGAACAUAUUAUUUAUUAGUGAAUUGUAUUUUUCGUAUGUAAUGUAAAUUUAUUUAGUUAUAGUAGAUUGUUAUUCAUAAAAGAUGUGUCACAAAAUUUGUGCUUUUCGAAACAGAGGUUUUUUUUUUACGUUCCGUUAUAUUUUUUGAAUAUAAAUAUAUUAAUAAUAUAUGCAUUUAAUGACGUCACGUUACUAGCCAAGAUAGUACCUUAACGGAGCGCCGCUCUUAAAUGGUAAGAUUAAAACGUCACAACGCAUAUUUUUUUAUGAUAAUUGUAUAAAUUCAUGACAAAGAACAUUCCGACGAAAUUUAUUGUUUAAAAGUAUCACCUGAGCGAUAGUUCGUAAAUGUAAUUAUAUUUUUACAUGUUUUAAAUUUUAUAACGUAUUUAUUGUACUGUUGCUAGUGCUAAGCGAAUGGAUAUCAUUUUGUUUAACAUUAAAUGAUUUUUAUAAUAUAAUUAAUUAAAUGUCUUCAGCGAGCA